CGUGCCUCGCCUGCCAAAGGCGGAGAGCAGUUCUGCGGCGCGCAAUCCCGGACUCCCCGCCGAGCCGCCGCCCCACACUCGCGGCCCCGGGGAGGUGGGAGGGGGGCAGCUUGCCACAGCGAUCCCGGGCAGCCGGCACCUCCGCGAGACCCUCGGUCCGGGAGGCUGGCGGUGGCGGACAGCGGCGGAGAAGAGAAGGUCAGCGGUGGAUGUGGCCGUCCGGGAAAGAUCGCAAGUUGUGCGUGCGCGUCCCGGACCCCGGGGAAAAAGGUGGCUGGCGCCCCCUCCUCAGCCAUGGGUCAUCAUCCUUGCUACAGAAGAUGGGAAGUUGACUUCCAGUAGGACCAAAGGCAUCCCUUUUGCUAAGAGACAUACCCUCAACCUGGUUCAAGGAGUGUGGAUUACCUACGGGCUGCUGUCCUGACUUCAUACCUUCAUUCCCUCCAGUGGACCCUGAACGCUUCCUUUAGGCCCCCAUUGCCUUGUUUGGUGAAAGAUGGCCUCCAGCCUGACAUGUACAGGUGUCAUCUGGGCUUUGCUCUCCUUUCUCUGUGCGGCCACCUCUUGCGUGGGGUUCUUUAUGCCUUACUGGCUAUGGGGAUCACAGCUGGGCAAGUCCGUGUCCUUCGGUACUUUCCGGAGGUGCUCCUAUCCUGUGCAUGAUGAGAGUCGACAGAUGAUGGUGAUGGUGGAGGAAUGCGGGCGCUAUGCCUCCUUCCAGGGUAUCCCCAGCACCGAAUGGAGGAUCUGUACCAUAGUGACAGGCCUGGGUUGCGGUCUGCUCCUCCUGGUGGCGCUCACUGCACUCAUGGGUUGCUGUGUGUCAGAGCUCAUCUCCAGGACCGUGGGAAGAGUGGCUGGUGGAAUUCAGUUUCUGGGAGGCUUGUUGAUUGGUGCUGGUUGUGCUCUCUACCCCUUGGGCUGGGACAGUGAGGAAGUCCGACAGACUUGUGGCUAUGUAUCUGGCCAGUUUGAUCUGGGUAAGUGUGAAAUCGGCUGGGCCUUCUACUGCACAGGAGCAGGUGCGGCAGCUGCCAUGCUUCUGUGCACCUGGCUGGCUUGUUUCUCGGGCAAGAAGCAGAAGCACUACCCAUACUGAGAUGGAGCCACUGGGAGAGGAGAGGAGAGCAGAGGAGAAGAUGGGCCACAGGGGCUUGAAAGGGCCAAAGCAUCCAGCAAUUUUCAAAAGGUGUACUAGUGCUUCUAAUCUAAUGCACUGCAAAUGAAGGGAAACCAGGAACGUAUUACAGGAAGAAAAGAUGGUGAACGAUUUAUGGAAAUAAUGGAGGAUGGAAUGAAGGAGAAAAAUGGACCAAAGGCUUACGUUCGUGCAGGGUACCUGCUGUUCCUAUUCCACAGAGUAUUGUGGUAUGUCACACAAAGCAAACCUAUAUAUGCAGACAAAGGUCUAGAUAUGUUGUUGUUGUUUUUUUUUUUAAGAGACUCUGGAAAAUCCAAAGGGCUAGGAGGAACAGUACUAUCCUGGGAAGAAGGGUACCCCACAGGUGAUCCCCUGAGGUGAGGAUGCUUCUGGAAGCACACGAGCACAUACACACCCAUACCCAUACAGCCAUGCACACACGUAGCUCAUCACACAGGCAGCACAAGAGGCAUAGCUGUGCAUUGCUCCUCUGUUAUUUUUGUUGUUGUUGUUAAGUAUACAUUGAAAAUACAAUAUUAUCACUUUAGGAAGCAGCCAUUGAACUUAGUAAAUGGACCAAUACGCCAUUCAUGUCAGUAUUUUGUACCUCCUGCAUAAACUUGUCAAACCCUCAACCCAUCUCCAACGUUUAUGCAGACUUUUAGAGUUAAGACUUCCUAUUUCAAUUUAUUCAACGAUAUGCAAUAUUUCUCUGAGUAGCUUCUGCUUUGAUAUUCUUCUGAAGAAAAAGGGGUAAUGUUCUGUCCACUGUAGGAGAGAAUUCAGUUGAAGAUAGGAGAGUAAAGAGAGACAUUUUCAGUCAUUAGCUCUUUUGUUCAUUAUGUACUGUGCUGUAACCAUAUUUAGUUCCAUUUUGUAAAAAAAAACAAACAGUAUUAAAGUGCUAUUUUGUUUGUAUUUGAAAAAGCUCUGUGAAUAAAUUCUCUUUGAUCAAUA